AUGCCGGGAAGCCCUGCCAGCGAUGCUCCGACCGUGGUUUGGAGUGCCAAUAUGGGCGGCUCUGCACCAUUCCUGCGCACCAGAAGCCCCGUGGCCGCUGCCGCUGCCGCUGCCGACCCAGAGCCGACGACCGACGAAAACGAGCGCAAGAAAAAGCGGCAGAUCGCCUCGACGUACCAGUUCUUGCUCCGAUGCACGGAUCCACACGUGAACUUUGUCAACGAUGCCAUGGUCCACGGCGAGCCAGAGCUGGACCCACAACGGCUGCCGGCGCCUGUCCCUGGUCCAACACCAGUCCCCGAGCCCAUCAUUGACACAAUCGACCCGCAGCUUCUCUUCCGCAGCUUCAUGGACCCCUACUUCGGGCUAUCCAUCGACUACGGCGGCAUCGAUGGCUCUAUUUUCGGCGCCGACAAUGCCAGUGACGACGUGAACAGAGCAUCAGCCGUCGCAUCGGACCCAGCAUUCGCGUCGGCACCUGCGUCGGCCACCGGUACCUGGCCGUCCUCGCCUGGCGCAAUCUCACUCAACACCAUCUUGCCACGCGUCAUCCAACUCGAGUCCGAGAUGUUGCAGCUCAUCGCCCAGUACGACCCGGACACGGCCGACAGGCACUAUGCCGCCGUCAAGGCCUUUUUUGCGGUAGCCGACUUUCGCAGCCUACUAACCAUCUUCUUCCGGCGUCAUCAGCUGCUCGCCAAGCUGAUCCACUGGCCAACGUUUGACGCGCGCCACAUCGAAACGGGUCUGCUGAUGGCCAUUGCUUUGUGCGGUGCCGCAUACUCGCACUCGAGCGAGACCGCGAUCCCCACCGAUGCCGCGCUCCUCGCUGCUGCGUCGAACAUCCAGCCGCUCGCAGAACAGUUCAUCUUCCGGCGUCUCGACGAGGUGGGCAAGGGAGUUGGUGUCAACGCCAGCGUCGCCGUCGAGGUGUGCCAGGCCGCCUACCUCAUCGUCAUCCUCCAGACAAGUGUCAGCGACAAGGACAAUGCCACCCGCCGCCAUGCUCUGAACCAGCGCCAGCCGGCCCUCGUCGACGCCCUCCGCCGCAUGGGCAUGAUGGAGAGGCGCGGUACGAGCCUGUGCCUCCCGCACGCCACCGCGGCUGCAUGGGCCGCCUUUGUGUACAGCGAGUCGUGCACCCGCCUCGCCUUCUGGGCCAUGUUCACCGAUGGGCUGCUGGCCCUCUUUUGCAACCGCGCACCCACCCUCGCCAUUGCCGAAAUGAUCGGCGACCUGCCGUGUCGGGAUGAGCUCUGGGAUGCGCCAGACGCGGAGGCAUUUGCGAGGCUAGCGGGCUGCGCGACGGAGACGACGCACGCCCCCUUGUCAUUAAAAGCCGUCGUGGCGACGCUCCUAGCCGAUGACAGCCAUCCGAGUGACCAACCGAGCGAUUCCGCCGCGGCCUCUACGAUUUCGUCUGCGUCUGCUGACCUCGCCCACCUCAGCGUCUUUGACCUCUAUUCCGUCGUCGGCGCCCUCCAGUUCUCCGUCUUCCACUACCGCGCACAGGCCCUGCCGCCCAGCACGGCCGCCGUCGUCCUGCGGGCACUCGACCGCUGGGACCGGCUGUGGCAGGCCGCGCGCGAUCGCGUCCCCCCCGAUCAGCAACGCUGGCUCGGCAUCGCCCGCCACGCGCCCGAGUUUGCGCGCAUUGCUCGGCGGAUUGUGGAUGUGACGCGACAGGUGUCCGAAACGACGGCGACCGGACCGCCCGCCGACGCGCUCGCGGACGUCCACCGUUCGAGAUACAUACAGUGCCGGUCUGAGUUCGAUUUGGCCGUGUUUUACCAAUUCAUCCUUGAGCACGGUCUGCGGUGA